AUGGGCAGGUUGCAAGCCUCUAGUCCCGCGACUCCAAACCGCCUCCUUUGCACCUCCCAGUCACCUGAUUGUGGCUUUUGGCCGGACCGACGUGCGGGAUACAGGGAUGUCAUGACUCGAGAUGCGCUAGUUCUUCACAAGCACCAAUGGUUACGGCUUCGACCGCUUACAAAAUCUCCGUCAUGUGUUCAGGAGAAAGCUAAGGAAAUUCAAGCGCAGCUGAGGCCAGCAAGGGUUCGACCGAAAACUAAUGCCGUUGUCGCACGUCGCAUGGUGGAACAUACUCUUGGAUUACGUUCUUCUAUUUCUAAGGAGCAACGCGAUGCGGAAAGGAAGCAACUUUCUGAUGCCAGAACUGCGAAGAAGAGCACUGUGCGUUGGGAUGACUAG